AUGUUCGAGCGCUCCUUCACCGCUCCAGCUCGACCCGAUGCCUUCCUUUCUGGAGGAGGACAAGACGAGCCUUGGAGCAUGCUCGCCCAUCUCAAGCCGCCUGCGCACCCUGAUUUGGACCUCGACGGCGAUGGCCUGCCGGAGGAUGAGAUCUUUCCGACAGGCCCAGAGAAGCCAGCUUCGCUGCAACGCCAGGAGAGCCUAGAGCCAGGUUCUACCUUCGAGGAUGAGAUGGACUUUCUAUAUAGUCUGUCUGUCACGACAGAGGAAUCCGAGGCCGGUCACCGACUUUCAGUUGAGGAGAUGAACCAUUUCGACAAUGGGUUUCCUGAGGUGCCAAUGAUGCGAAAGGUCACCUCAACCAGCUCAUUCCGCAAGCAUGCGGUUCGUGCCCGUCGUGAGCGAAUUCGCGCCGAGCGGCGUGAGGAGGUCAGCGACUUCUUGAAGGGGAACAACUUCGCUGGUGUCAAUGCGCCACGCUCUCGCUUGGGCUUCAGGUUCCUCUCGGAAUCCGUAUACCCACUCCACGUGGCAGCCCAGAAAGGAGAUGCUAAGAUGGUACAAGAGCUUCUUCGAGAAAGGGCGGAUCCCGACAAGAGGAACUCGGCCGGGCAGACGGCCUUGGACAUGGCACAUGCAACGAAUCAGUUUGGCUCGCAUCGUAUGGUGCUCGAGAUUUUGUCCGGACGGUGGAACACCAUGACUUUCCGUGACCUGAGAGCCAUUUCAAGCCCCGGCAUCUAG